AUGGAGCUUGCUAUCAGAUCUCCUCGUGGCGGUGUGCAGCCGUCUCCAGGUGAUCCAGCACCUCAGAGCGUGUCUACCAACAAGGCACGAGCGAAUCAGCAGAAUAUCCCGAAAGCCAAUAUCGGGGUGCUUGACGUCAGGGACGGUGGUCCGAAUGCCGCUAAGAGGCAGAGGGCUAAGACAUUCAAGACCCGCACUGGCUGUAAAGAGUGCAAACGUCGAAAAGUGAAAUGUGACGAGGGCAAACCGACCUGUAACCGCUGCAAGGCGGUUGGAUUAACGUGCCACUUCCCACUGAGCUCAAGCGUUUCUUUCAACCCAGCUAGUAACGCCACCGCAGUCGCAACCACAAGCACUAACAAAGCAACCAGCCCUGUUGGCAACUUCAACUCUUACACUGAGAUUGUCCGCACCACUUCAACUAGUAAUGAAGGCGUAGCUGCUACCGCAAUCCCGGGAGGCGACACACGCAUCCUUGUUGUACCAGACUAUGUCACAACUGUGUUUAAGGACCAGACAUCGUGGGACAUGUUCUCCACUUUCCUCUUCACAAACGAGCAGGGAACAUCUCUACCUCACAACACGCUGGCUGCCAUUACGCCCCAGAUAGCACACCACAACCCUGCUAUCCGUGAGAUGUGCUGCGCUGUGGGUGCCGCUGUGGGUGCCUUUACUGCACCCCAUGUGAAUGGCGAAGAAGCCGAGAAAGCUCAGCAGCUCUCCCUCAUGUACUACAACCGUACCAUUCGUGCUGUGCGGGCCGCCGGAACAGCCCUAGAGUCGCUGCUGGCUGUUGCUCACGUAGCUGUUAUCUUCAUGGUGUACGAUAUGAUGCGCGGAGACAUGAAGGCUGCAACCCUGCACUUUGACCACGCCAGCCGUCUCCUUGUUACCUAUUUCGGGAAGCGAUGCGAGCAGGAAAAUGUUUCUAUGACAGAUUUAAGGUUGAACGCACUCGAAUCAGCCAUGUUCGACAUGUUCCAGCGGUUGAGCACCUACUCAUGGCCCCUGGAACUGGGCAUUACCGGCGACGAGCGCCCCGACUUCAAGGGCGGCAAGCGGUGCUGGGGAAGGCACAGAUAUGAGAUUCGCAACAUGCCCACGUCUUUCCGUGAUUUAGAUGAAGCUUUAAGGUGGUGGGAUGUUACUCAGCAUCACAUAUCCCACCAUCUUUUUGAUGACUACGAAGUUGUUGAUCCUGCGAACAAAGCUGUAUGGGAAAAGGCCUUCACCGUCCUUCAUAACUGGCACAGCGCUUUUGUCCUGCUCUACCGUUACACUGAAGACCACCAAUACGACUCCCCGCAUCGUUAUGUGACGGCCUGUAUCUUUGAAGCGCUCUACACCGAGUGCCUCUCGGGCUUGCAUCUACAGCUUAAUGCAGACGCAAAAGUCUUGCCCGACGCGAGACCCAUCUGGCGGGAGAUCAUCCGAACAACACGCCGCAUGCAGCAAGAGUUGAAGUCAUCAAUUGACUGGAACGUGAUGGACAACAUGGUCUUGAAGCCACUUGUCAUUGUAUUGUUCAAGUGCCGUGAUGAGCAAGUGCGAAAGGAUGUCAAGGUUGUGCUAGAAGAGGCAGUCGCAUGGUACGGAAAUACGUGCUUGGCUGCAGUUAUGCUGGUCAUGAUGAACAUGAAGGGUCACCAGAUACCCAAACAGAUGAAGAACAUUGAGAGAGCGGUUGGAUGGCACCUCACAUCCAUUGGUUGUGGUCCUGGUGUGAUCAGUAUUGGCUAA